AGGGUUAAAUUCAUUUUUGUGCAUCUGGGGGAAGGGAAGGGGGGGGGGGACUCCAAAAUCCAAGACAUAAACAGGACAAGAAGUUCUCCCUCUUUCCCAGUGCAAACGUAUUAACGUCUGAAAUGCGUUGAGGAGACCUGCUGAUCGGUCAGUGUUGAUCAUCUAUAUCGGCAUGAGGUGGCUGCUGUUCCUCGCCCUCCUGGGGCGUGCCGGUGCAGGGUCACCCUCUAUGUUUGGAGAGAUCACAUCCCCCAAUUACCCUGAGGUUUAUCCUAAUAAUGCAGAGAAAAUCUGGCAUAUUCUGGUGCCGGAGGGGUACGGCGUCCGGCUGUAUUUCACACACUUGGACAUUGAGCCCUCUGAGAACUGCGAGUAUGACUCUCUGCAGGUUCUCAUUGGAGAUGAGGUCCAGCAGACGUUCUGUGGCCGCCAUGUGCUUGGAUCUGCCGGAUUCCCAGGAGAGAAGUUCUAUCCUACAAGUCACAUGAAAUUAUUGUUCAAGUCUGACUUCUCCAACCAGGAGAGACGUACUGGAUUCGCUGCUUAUUACAUGGCUGCAGAUGUGGACGAGUGCGACACAAAUGACCCCUGCUCACAUUUUUGCAACAAUUACAUUGGAGGAUUUUUCUGCUCCUGUCCUCCAGAAUAUGAACUGCAAGAAGAUCAGAACACGUGUGGGGUGAACUGUAGCGGGGGUCUGUACACAGACCUGAGGGGGCAGAUCAGCAGCCCGGGAUAUCCUGCUCCUUACCCUGAGAACUCUCGCUGUGAAUACAGAAUUCUCCUAGAAUCUGGGUACCAGGUUAUUCUGACAUUCAAGGCCCAAGAUUUUGAUAUUGAGGCCCCUGAAGGCGGAAGCUGCCUGUACGACAGUCUUACAAUAAAAGCCAAAGGACAGAAGUUCGGCCCUUACUGUGGGAAGACGCCCCCUCCUCGCAUUGAAUCGGGCAGCAAUGAAGUGGAUAUUGAAUUUAUAACUGACAGCGGAGGGGAUAACAAGGGCUGGAAGAUCUAUUAUUCAGAGGAUGCCAUUCCCUGCCCGACAGACGUGUUCCAUCAUGCCAUUCUAAAUCCACGAAAAGACAAGUAUGUUUUCAAAGACAUGAUCACCGUGAUGUGCGAGGAAGGAUUUGAAAUAGUAUCAAAACAGAAGAGGCUGCCAUCAUUCCGAGCGAAAUGCCAAGGAGAUGGGACCUGGUCAAGCGCACACCUAAAAUGUGAACCUGUGAAUUGUGGAGAUCCUGAGCAAAUUGUUAAUGGUGAUGUCAUCUUCACGGACACCACGUACGGAGCCAAAGCCGUAUACAACUGCAUAACAGAAUACUAUACCUUGAAAGGAGAUGACACAUAUUACUGUUCUGUGGAUGGACUCUGGAUAAACAACAACAAUAAAAGUGACCUUCCCAAAUGUGCUCCAGUUUGUGGAAAAUCUUCAUUUUCCAAAGGAACCCGAAUUUUUGGAGGGGAAAAAGCUGAUGAUGGAUUCUUUCCAUGGCUCGUACGAAUUUUCUUUCCUACACAACUUGGUGGUGGAUCACUGAUAUCGGAUCGCUGGGUCCUGACGGCUGCCCACGUUUUGUCGGGUAAAGAGAUGCCUACAUUGCAGGUCGGAGCUGUGGAUCAUACGAAAGCAACUAAAAUUCUGGCCAAGAAGGUAUUCAUCCACCCUGACUGGGUAAAUGAUGAUGGCGAAAGGACAAAUUACGACAACGAUAUCGCCCUCAUCCAGCUGCCAAGGCGAAUGGAACUGGAUGAAUGUAUUUACCCAAUAUGCCUGCCGGAAAAAGGUCAGACAGAGGGCCCCGCCAUUAGAGAGGUUGGAUACAUCGCUGGUUGGGGACAAACCAACAGAAAAAACAGACUAGGAAAAACAAUAGAUAAACCAAGGAUCUUAGAAUAUACUGGAGUUUCGCUCCGUGAUCUUGAAGACUGUAAGAAGGCUGUGCCGAAAAAGUAUGAUGUCACCUCAAACAUGUUGUGUGCAGGGGAGGGGGGUCAUGACACUUGCAGUGGUGACAGCGGGGGUCCCCUCAUGUUUGAAGAUCUAAAAGUCAGAAGAAACAAAAGAUUUUAUAUCGCUGGCAUUGUCUCUUGGGGAAUCGAAUGUGGUGACUUUGGAAUGUACACCAAAGUUCAGAACUACGUGGACUGGAUAGAGAAGACAAUAGAAGAGGUGGAAGAUAAAGAGAAAAUUGAAGAGCAACAGGAACCACAGAAGAUCUGUAAGAAGACAUAGGAAGGAGCAUAGCCCGCCAAACAAUCUGCUUAUGAGACAUCAGUAUAAACGCACCAUGUUUUUUGCAAUAAACUCUGUAUACACAGUAAA